AUGGCCAGCUCACCGCCGGCUUCACCUGGCAUGCUGCCACCGCGUCCCAUGAGCGCCAUGGUCAAGUCCGCGCCCAGGAGCAGCAGUCGCCUGAGCACGACCAGCAAGGCCGGAGGCGGAAGCCGGGCCUCUGACGAAGAUGGACGAACCGCAGUCAAAGUUGCUAUUCGUGUGCGCCCGCCGUUAAAGCCCACAGACCCGGGCUUCGAACUUAUUCCGCAGCGAUUCCAGCGUUCUAUGGUUCAGGCCACGUCGUCGACGAGUCUAGCGAUCGAUGCGCCCCAGGGAAAGAAACUGUUCGUUUUUGACCGCGUCUUUGACGCCGAUAUCACACAAGAAGGCAUAUGGGAGUACCUCAAUGAAAGCGUGACUGCCUUCCUACAGGGUUACAAUGUCUCCCUCCUGGCCUAUGGCCAGUCAGGUGCCGGCAAGUCAUAUACAAUGGGAACUUCUGGUCCAGCCGAGCAAGCGGAUUUGGAGGUCAUGGGUGUCAUCCCGCGUGCUGCAAAUGCGCUCUUCGAGAAGCUCGAAGGCCCGCCCCGAAACUCUAAUCGCAACUCCAUGUCACAGUUACGGACGCCACAGCGAUACUCCAUGGGCCCGUCGACGCCCAAGGCCGAUAAGACCUGGAAGCUCACGGCCACGUACGUCGAAAUUUAUAACGAGCACCUCCGGGAUCUGUUGGUGCCCGACGAUAUACCCGCCCAUGAACGUGGUACAGUCACGAUCCGUGAGGAUACCAAGGGCAACAUUUUGUUGACCGGUCUACAACAAGUCGAGAUCAACUCGGUGAACGAUCUCAUGAAUGCACUGAGUUUUGGCUCAACCAUUCGUCAGACUGACGCAACAGCAAUCAACGCAAAGUCUUCACGUUCCCACGCCGUCUUCAGCUUGAACCUUGUACAGCGCAAGCCCAAGGCCACUCCUACGGCCGAGAAGCGCUUUUCCGUACCCCUGGAAGCUAUGACGGGAGCCGAAACCUGGGUCACCACCGACAGCAAGUUGCACUUUGUCGAUUUAGCCGGCAGUGAGCGUCUGAAGAACACCGGUGCCCAAGGUGAUCGGGCCAAGGAGGGUAUCUCUAUCAACGCCGGCCUGGCGGCCCUUGGCAAAGUUAUUUCGCAACUGUCGUCCCGGAAUCACGGUGCUCAUGUCUCUUAUCGAGACUCGAGACUCACUCGUCUGCUCCAGGACUCGCUGGGCGGCAACGCCAUUACAUAUAUGAUUGCUUGUGUAACACCGGCUGAAUUCCAUUUGAGCGAGACACUGAAUACCGUACAAUAUGCGCAGAGGGCCCGUGCGAUCCAGAGCAAGCCGAGGAUCCAGCAGACCGAGGAGGGUGACAAGCAGGCCAUUAUCGAACGUCUCAAGGCUGAGGUGGCAUUCCUGCGUGAGCAGAUUCGCAGCGCUGAGCGCAGCGGGGCCGACCGUCGCAAUCCUGUGGCGAGCGAGAGGUCCGAGCGACACAACGAACGCGAAUCCGAGUUGCAAAACCAGUUAUUGGACGCCCAGGAGAAUUACACCACCUUGAGUCAGCGACAUGCUAAACUCAUUGCCGAAAUGGCCAGGGCCAGGGACAACGAAGCCUCGAGCGAAACCCGUGAUACCGACGGCCUCCACGGCGACACCGCCACCGAACGUCUCAACCGCUCCAACUCAUUUGCCCAAGCAGUGGAGCAGGUCGUUUUGGAGUACGAAAAGACGAUACAAACUCUUGAGCAGUCCCUUUCCAGCACUCGCACAACGUUGUCCAACACGGAAACAAAUUUGUUGGAGAAGGAGACGAAGUGUGCCUAUAUCGAGACCAUCAACACCCAGCUCCAGGCUCGCCUAACAAAGCUGAUGGAUCGCGAGGCCAACACGGAGAGCUACCUGCACGACCUAGAGGCUAAACUAGACGGCCAGACUUCUGGCGAAGAAAAGAACGCGACCAUCAUCUUGGAGCUGCGAAAGGAGAUCGCGCGCAUCCGCGAAAACGAAGCCUCUUGCGAGGACUACAUCUCCACGCUGGAGGAGAGACUCGCCGAAGCCGACCAAGACAGCGAAUUGAUGCAACGAGAAAUCGACCGCCUCGAACAAGUCAUUGAACGCCAGCGCAGCCUGGGGAAACUAGACAAUCUGCUGUACGAGCUGGAUAACUUCCAGGGAGACGGCAAGCCUCCGCAGCCGGAAGCCGAGGUCACCAACGGAUUCGGGCACCGUCGAACAUUCUCGGAACGGUCGACGAAGAGCCACAUGAGCCGGGCGUCGACAAGCCAUGCUCGCCGUGACACCCUCCCCGACGUAGGAGAGGAGGAUGCGGAGGGAGACGAUGCCGCCGCUGACGAGACACUCAAUGACACGGUUGUCGAAGAGGAGGAAGAGGAGCCACUAGCAGAGGCCGAUACUGUGCAGAAGACUAGGGAGACUUCAGCCGAAGCUGCUGCGUUAGAGCCUCCGAGUCCGGCACAGACCAAGUUCGUGGCUGACAAGUUGGAGAACGUCACUGAGGAAUUGGUUCAACUUCGGGUCGAGCAUGAGAGCACUCUCAAUGACUACGAUGCGCUGCAGGCCAAGUAUGAAGAGGCACUGAAAACCCUGUCCGAGCUUCAGGACGCGGUCGAUGAGGCUAAACACCCCAGUCGCAACCGAGACUCGCUCCUAUCCGUCAAUUCACCCACAGAAACGCGACCCCCUUCUUUUUUAUCCGAUGCAAAGACCAACGACACCAAGGAUGGGACCCACUUCUCCUCGCGCUCGCUCUCCUCGGAGUUAUCGUCAGCUAUGGAAUCUCCAGCUACUAUUGAUUCCCCUACCGAGGCCGACACCCCGAAGCCGGCUGAGUCCCUCGACACACUCACGGAGGAGACUUUGGAGGACGGGUCUACUACUAGUGACGCUCUGGCCCUUGAGCUUGAGAAAUUGAAGUCGUUGGCCGCGGAGAAGGACGCUGCAGAGAAGGAGCUCGCAGAGAAAUACGCUCAAUUGGAAGAGAAACACAGUGAGGCUUUGGAUCUCGUCGAAGAGCUCAAGACCGAGGUUGCAAAGGCCAAGUACGCCGAGCCACCAUCUCCUAGGAGUGCUACGCCAGUCAUUCGCCGAAAGUCAAGUCAGAACGUCAUGAACAUCGAUAGGGCCCACAGGUCCUUUGCUUCACUACGGAAUAUUGCAGCAGACAACUUCGAGAGCCAACCGGAUGUCAUGCAAAACUUUGAGGUCAACUUGAAUGCAGCCAUGCACGAGCUGCACGCCAGAGCAGAGCGAAUCCAAGAGCUCGAAGCCGAUGUUGCAAACACCAAAAAAGAGAUGGAGACGAAGAUGACUAUCAUCAGCGGUCUCACCCGAGAGCGCUCCAGCUUGAAGGCAAGCCCGAUGGAUAUCUCGGUUGUCUCAAGAAUGAAGGACCAGUUGGAGCAGAAUGAACGGCAGCUCAAGACCAUGCAAGAGUCACAUGCAGUAAAGGAGUCGGAACUCCUUCGUGAAAUUGAGACUCUGCGAGCACAAGUCAAGGAGUCUGCCCAGUCGAGAUCAGUCGCCUCGAUUCCGGAGUCUGAGGAACCGCAGAAUGCUGCGCAUGAGAAGAAGAUUGCAGAGCUCCAGUCUGAACUCACUGGUUGGGAGAGCAAGCACCACACUGCGUUGGAAACAAUGCAGGCUACCGAACAACAGAUGAAGAAGACUAUUGAGGAGCUUGAGGCUCAAGUUGCAGCAGUCAAUGAGAAAUUCGAGACUCGAGGCACAGAAGGCGACGACGAGGCCAAGGACACAGAGGCCAAGCACCAAAGCCUAGUCACAUUCCUUCGAACUGAGAUUGAUGAAUACAAGGCGAUAAUUAGCAGCAAUGCAACAAAGGUGGCAGAGCUUGAGGAAGCCCACUUGGCCGCGAAGAGCCAGCUUGAAGAAGCAACACAAGCUCGUGAUCUUGCGGCCACCGGCAACCAGGACUUUGUCAGCAAGCUCCAGUCUCAGAUCUCUGAGCACGAGCAGGCUAUCAAGACUCAUCAAGACAACCUGGAGCAGCUCCAGGCUAGUCAUGCCAAGAACAUUGACGACAUCAAGGCAGGUUCUAAGCAGGAGUACGAAUCGCAGCUUGCCAUUCUCAUGAACGAGCACGCUGAGAACGUUAGACUUCUGGAAAGCGACCUCGCUGAAGCCCGCGAAGAGCUGCUCAAGGUUGCUAACCAGGUUGCUGUAGCUCUUGGGGUAGAAGUCAGCCUCGAAAAGAUUGGCGAGCGUGUUGAGGAGCUGAUUGCGGACCAAAAGAAGAAGACGGAGCUGGAGAGCCACGUCAACGAGCUAUCUUCCAUCAACAACACUAUCAUGCGUGACCUGGAGGCUGUCAGGUCUGCAUUGAAUGAAAUGCUUCGCGUCGAGGGCGAAAAUGUCAAGAGCCCAUACCCCUCCGUGUCUGAGCAAUUGGCUGCUUUCAAGAAGCGAAUGGGCGACUUGGAGGUCAAGAACAAGAAGCAUUCACGUCUCGUAGAAGAGUUGGAGGACCAACUACAGACCAACUACGACCAGGCUCAGCUCACCAGCAACCGCCUGUCCACUUUGCAGACUGAGCGUCAGGCUCAAUUGGAGGAGGCUACUGCUGCCAGGAUCAAGACUCAGGCCGAGCUGGAGACACUUCGUGAGGAGCAUGCUGCGCUGCAGGCUCGAUUGGAACAAUCGGAAGGAGUUCAACGAUCCAACUCGAUGAACUCGCAACUCCGCAAGGCAGCGUCGCAUACUUCUCUGCCGUCACCACCUCCAGCCAUCCCAUUGCCUCCUCUACCUGGCGGUGGCACUGCUUCCCCCACUCACGGAAUGCCGCCGACCCCUACUGGUGGCCGGCCCACCAGCAACGAUUUGGCCAUGGCUCAAAUCAGGGAUGAUCAAGAGGCUCGUAUCCGUACGAUCGAGCGCCAUCUUCAUGCAGAGAAGCAGUUGACUUCUACUCUUGAGGAGGCUCUCACCGACCUUGAGAGACAGUCAAACAAGGUCAAGGCAGACUGUGAUGCCUGGCGCAAGCGUGCUCAAGAACUCGAAACCGAGGUCAAGGAGCUCAAGGAGAAGCCUCAGCAGGACAACAGGUGGCGAGACAGCUUGCACCAAGUCGAGGAAGAACGGAAGAAGCGCCAAGAUGCCGAGAGAGCUGCUGCCCAUCUAGAGGCCCGCAUGAAUGCCAUCAACAGCAAGAAAAAGAAGAAGGGCAGUCUCAAUUGCUUCUAG